AUGGCUGAUCUUCUUCUUGAUCUGCUCGACACACGGCAGCCUCCCAUAGCCGAGACCAAACCGACAUUGCGGUCAACCAAGCUAGCUUAUCUGUCUCAUCUCGCGGACCAAAGUCCAGCAGCCCUGACAUCGACAGAGCCUCAAUCCCUAGCUCAGUCUUCACAAUCACUCCUUCUCUCACUUCAAGAUGUCGCGAAACGCUCUCACAGGUCCAUCAUCGACUCGGCCUCGCAUCAUGCUAGUCUAACCCACGCUUUACCUACUUUAGUCGUGGAUACUACAGACCUACGCAAUGCAAUCCCCAAGCUUGACUUAGAGGCAUUGCGUUUUUCUACCACCUACAGCAAAACUAGCGAUAAUGAGGACUUAGCAGAAAGAAAGCGUGCUCUGCUGCUACUCCGCAACGUUGAGCGCCUUGUUGACGUGCUUGAACUUCCAACCCUCCUUUCAUCAGCCAUCAACACUGUCCCUGCCAACUACGCCUCGGCCCUUGAUCUCAAUGCCCACAUCCGGAGACUCCAUGGCCUGUACCCGGAUUCACCACUGGUUGAUCUGGUUUCCCGCCAAGCCGAUGAAGCCAUCAUCAAAAUGACGGCUGACCUCAUCUCUGCUCUCAAAUCUCCAGGGCUCAAGUUGGCUGCAUCGCUACGCACCGUCAGCUGGCUUAGGAGGGUACUACCUGAUUUAUCCUCGAUGAGCUCCUCGAGUCGCGAGUCCCAGGAGCAUACGCUCUCUCUACUAUUCCUUUGCUGUCGAGUAGCGACCUUGGACGCGACUCUGGGGGCCCUGCAACCCCUCCGCGAAUUGGCCGAUGAGGAGCAGCACAGGCAACAAAGCCCUAACAAUCAGUCCUGGUCCGGCGGUCAGCAGACAGAAAAGUACCUCAAACGUUACGUCGAAAUCUUUCGGGAGCAGAGUUUCGGGGUCGUUUCCAUGUUUAGGAGCAUCUUCCCCGAUACAAGUCAUCAGGCCAGCCGACCUCAUGCCGACGCCAAGGAUCCUCUCCAGCCCUUACCGUCGACUUUGUCGACUUUCCCACUUCACCUUGUUGAGAUGCUACUCGAGACCUUGGGGAGAUAUCUCCCUACCGUCAGGGAUCAGGCAGCACGAGAUAGCAUUCUCACGCAAGUAUUGUACUGCUCAGGAAGCUUGGGCAGGCUUGGAGGCGAUUUUGGUACGCUGCUAGCUGGGUUUAGUAACGAGGGCGAGGGAGUGACGAAACAGUCCGAAUGGGUUGAUAUAGUCAAGCGUCACCGAUUGCUGUCGGGGCGCCUCGAGUCAGUCAUUGGUGACUACAAGAUAGCUGGAGCCGGCGUCAAAGACGGCCGCGGGGGAACCAACAAUGCCAGCUCUUGA